AUGGCCUCGACAGACGAGCCCCAGUCGCUCCGUACAGCCUUUGAAGAGGCCGAAUCCAAACGACGGCUCCUCGAAUCCUCCCCCGACGCAACCUCGCCCGCCUACGCCUCGGACCUCAACUCUCUGCUCGCGCUCUACGCCCGCGUGCUCGACCAGAUGGGCUCCGUGUCUCUCUUCUCCCCCAACGAGGGCCUCGAAGACAUUGCCACCUCGUCCCUGCCCUACAUCCUCGUCAACUUCACCGUCGCCGAGCUCGUCCAGCGCACGCCCUUCGCCGGCCCCGCGCAUCGGAGGCUCGUGCUGCGCGCCGCGAGAGACGCGUACGAGCGGUUCCUCUCCCUCGCCGACGGGUACGGGCUCGUCAACGGGCCGUACGCCAGCCUCCUGGAGCGGUACAGGGACGACGAGGAGCAGUUCGCCGUCGCCCCGAAAACGGGCGACAUGGCGAGCAGGCGGGAGGCCAGGAUCGCGAGCUCCAGGGCCGACAAGGGGCUCCGGGAAAAGCUGGACCUGCUGACGAGGGACCCCGGGUACAUCGCCAGGGACGACGAGGCAACGCGCGAGGUGUACCUGGCCGAUGUGACGUGGAGGAUUCACCGGGCGUUCCAGGGGCUGGAGGGGCUGAACCGCGAGGCGGAGAUGCUUGCCAUGGCGCCGGAGCCGGAGCCGCGCCGUGCCGGGCACGCCCACGCCCACGCCCACGCCGAGGACGCGAGCGUCAGGCUGGACCAGCCGUUUGGGAGGAGCGCCAGGGCCGGCGGCGCGCUGCUGUCGCGCGACGGCAGGCCGCUGCAGCCGUUUACGCUGGUCGGCUCGAGGGCCGAGCUGGCGAGGGGUGUGUUCCGGCCCGGCCACAACCUGCCCACCAUGUCCAUCGACGAGUACCUCGCCGAGGAGAAGAGGAGGGGCAACUUCCUGGAGGGCGGCACGGACCCGCCGCGGGCGGAGGUGGAUGAGGACGAUAUGGAUGCCGUGGAUAGGGAGACGUACAAGGCGAGGGAGUGGGACGACUUCAAGGACGACAACAGGAGGGGUGCCGGGAAUACACUGAACAUGGGAUGA